AUGUCGCUCGUUACCGGCGAUAUCUCUCUCACGAGGCUUUGGGAGGACGCCCAGGCACCUGGCGAUGAAGGGGCUGUGGUCAGGUUGUGGAGUCAUCUGUUUAUGAAACAUCUCUUCUCUGGAAAAGAUUGGGUUGUCUUUUAUAAACCCACGUCAGAGAAUUGUCCCCGUCAACGCCUGGAUAUUACCAUAGAGCAUUAUGAUAUGCGCGAUGACUGUGUCGAUGUCGAUACGAUGGCCUUUUGUGUUUAUGAGCCAGUGGCGAUGGAUCCCAGUCUUCAGGAUCUUGAUGGGCUUAAGAGACAUGCAUUCGCAGUCUGUAUGGCCUAUCUUCUUGAGCACCCUAAAUUGUCAAAGGUGUACGUGUUCACGGCAUUUGGUACUAAGUUUAGAGUAUGGUCGUACUCAAGGGAAGAUGAGUUCCUUGUGCCGCUGUUUGGUUCAGUGGAUGGUUCUGAUUCUCGAGAUUACGUUGAUAUUCACUCGCCUGAGGCUUCCCGGAUCAAUGGAGUUGUCCAGUUGAUGAAGAAUGAAUGCGGAACCCAUGAUUGA